UCCUGCUUAGAUUAUGUUUGUCUGAUGAUUGCCGAUGAUUAUAUUAUUAGGCUGCGUCUAUGCGUUGUCUAAGUGUCCUCUCGGAGGCUUCAGUUUCAGGUCGUGCCACAAAAUCGGAGCUGAAAAUGGUGAAAGAUAAAAUAUGUAUCUUAAAACAGUUCUGGGUGGCGAUGGGCAUCGUGUUCAACAUCGUGGCGGUGGGCGUGACGCUCAGCUUCCCCUCGAGUCUGCUGCCGGCCCUCAGGAGCCCUGACUCCCCAAUACAGGUGGACCUGAACACUGCCUCUUUGCUUGCUUCAAGUCCGGGCAUCGCAUCCCCAAUCGGCUUCAUCGCCGCCUCCGUUCUGAUGGACGCGGUGGGGCGGCGCGCCGCGCACGCGCUGUCCCUGCUGCCCUCCGCCGCCGGCUGGGGGCUCAUCUACUGGGCACCCAGCGUCUCCUGGCUCAUCCUCGGCCGCAUGUUGUGUGGCCUCACCGCCGGCGCCUCCGUCACGCUCGGAUCCGUCAUUAUUGGGGAGUACAGCAGCCCUAAAUACCGAGGAGUCUUCCUCAGCAUGAAAACAGCAGCUGUUUCUGCCGGCGCGAUAACCUUGCAUGCUUUUGGACACCACUUCCACUGGCAGACUGUAGCCCUCAUUGCACUGGGUCCAGUAUUCCUGUCCAUCUGCAACACCCUGACCUGGUCAGAAAGCCCCUCGUGGUACGCCGCUAAAGGCAGAUACGCUGAGUGUGAGACCGCGUUCUACGCCCUCCGAGGAACAGAUGAAGACGCUGUCAGAGAGUGCGAGGCGCUUGUCCACGCGCAGAAGAAGAGGAUAUCCCAGAUACCUGAAACAGUCACUUGCGGUAGCACUGUAGCGGGUUUCUUCAAGAAGUUCACCAGGAAAGACUUUUUGAUGCCUGUGUUUGUUGUUACUAUUGCCUUCCUGAUGUCGGAGGCUUGUGGGCGGCACGCGUUCCCGGCGUUCGCUCUGGACUUCAUCUCGGACAUCAGCGGCGACCCAGCGCGCACCUUCCUCUACACGAUGGUGAUGGACGGCAUCACUACCACCAGCUCACUCUUCGCACUCUACCUGAACAAGGCCGUGAAGAGAAGAACCCUGAUAUUCUUUAGCGGCAUCAGCUCUGUAGUCAUCCUUUUAACCGUGAGCUCGUAUUUAUACCUGGUGAAUUGGGGCGUGAUCUCGCGGGAACGGUCGUGGGUGCCUCUAUCACUGAUGGUGGUAUACUUCGUGGUGUCGAACCUGGGCGCCACCAGCAUCCCUCUGAUGCUGCUGGGCGAGCUGGUGCCGCUGGAGCAUCGGGCGGUUGGGACAGCCGUCUGCGGGGUCACCGUGUCGAUAAACCUUGUCUCCGUGAUGCAGGCGACUCCUAUGCUCAUGGCCACUAUCGGCACGCACGGGACCCUGCUCUGCUUCGCGUCGGUGAUGGUGGUGACCCUGCUGAUACUCUACCUCACCCUGCCCGAGACUCACGGCCGCACUCUCCAGGAGAUCGAGGAGUUCUUCAAGUACGGGAAGACGGUGGAUGAGAAGUUGAAGUUGGAUGAUGUUGAGGUGAAGACGAAAAUGUUGCGGGAAGUUUAGAGAAGAUUGAGUGAGGACGUUGCAGUGU